UCCCUCGUGGUCCUUAUAAAAGAGAGCUGAGUUUGCUCCCUCCUCAGUAACUAUUUUAGUUUCAUAAAGCCGAGCAAGAGAAACCUACCUGGAAGAGAAUUUCAACUUCUGUACUUGGUCAGGCGAUAAGAGGCUGCCAACUCACAAAGCAAUUUUCAGCAAGCCAAACUGGUCUGAACUUUCUGAGACUCACAUAAACGUACCAGAUUGCUGCAAUGGCGUUUCUGUUCCAAUGUUCUUGCUCCGUAAGAGGUAGCGUCGGUGCAUUUCUGCUGAUUCUGGUCGCAUUCGUCAGUUCUGGACAUGCUCAAAAUGUCCGCGUUAUGCUCGACCAAGCGGACUUGAUUGGUGCAGGCACGCUCAGCGCAACGUGUGUCGAUAUGGAUGGCAACCCUAGUAAUCUGCCAGUCACCUGGUCGUUCGCCGAUGAUUCGGCAGUACUACCUGAGGGAACGGACUUCACCAUCAUCGGCCAGAAUACGGAAACGAUUGUCCUGCGCGUCGCAGGGGUAGGCAUGCCUGACAAUAGCCUCGUUAACAUCCGUGCAGUUAUCCAUUUCAGGUGCGCUACGAAGGGAUCCACGAGCGACGACGCUACUGUAACGCUGUACAAUGAUCUGUGUCUGGAAGAGCACAACUACUGUUUUCGCCGCUUCAACUAUGCCCUGGGCUCAGCGACAUGCACAAGCGGACUAUCCAAUGUUUCGGUUUUCGGCACACCCGUCAUUUCGGCCCAGUACAACUGCACGUGCCUGUCUGGCAAUGCUGGCGCUCCCUGCAGAAGCGUGCGCGACUGCGUCGAGAAUGCGGCCACCCCAGGAGAUUGCAGUUCUGGAAACGCCAUCCUGCCAAGCCUAAGCAUGCUAGCAGUCCUGGCGCUAAGCACUUUGUUUAUGUAGUACGACUGCAUUCCAGUCGGCUAUCCUACAUGUACAUGUAGAUGUACAUGUAUGUACCGCCGCCGCUGCGCAGGGUGACAAUUCUUGCAGCACACAUGUAUAUCGUACAUUGUAAUUGUUAAACUUACAAGUAGAUACAUGUACAAUGUACAACGUACAUGCAUUCAAAACACUGGAGCCAUUAUCGUUUCAGGCAUUCGGACAGUAAAGCCUGCGCCUUAAUGAUGUUUUCAUUUAAAUAAAUUUGUUUUGACCUUCGAUUAGUUUUUGACACUCGUAUGUAGAUGUACAGGUACAGCAUGUAUUAUAUAUGUACAUGUGCAACAUUGUUUUGAUUUUUGUUUUGUUCUUCCUUGGUCUACUCUCUUUCUUGUCCUUGUACGUGUUCAUAUCGUUCUAUCUCAGCGCUGAGUGAGUAUAUCUACAUGUACAUGUACGUGUUCGCACGCGUAUCAGCUGGGCUUCACGUGUACAGUCACUCUGCAUGCACAUUUGUCCCAUUACAAAUGUAUGUUGCCUGAGGAUCGCUCACAUUUUACUUGUGCACUCUUCAUAAUUAUUUAGAUUUCACCAGCGCCGAUUAUAACAUAAUUGUGCUUUCCACUAGCCUGUUCCUAUCAGCUAUAUCACCGACCCACAAUUCGAUCUGAGAGAACUGAUUUCUGCACCUCAGCUACUGUCUUGUAUUGAGUUUGCAUACAUGUACGUGUACAUGUACACGUACAUGUAGCUAUUGCACCGUUUAUCGGUGUUUUUCACUGAGGAUUUUUCUUCCUUUCUGUGAAAAUCUGGAUUUACAUGUACAUGUACAUGUACGUUCAUCCAUGUGUUUAUACACGUGUAGCGUUGGCACGCUGGUGACUUCAAAGCGUAUAGCGUUUAGUGUUUAGAGUAUAGCAUGUCCCCGUACUGUAUCCCCAUACAUGUACGUUAGCGUAUCCCCGUACAUUAGCGUACGGAGUCUGCCUUUGUAUCAAAGCUGCUGCUCACGAUUCUUUUAUAGCCAGUUAGUUAGUUUAGUUGCCAGUCAGUUAAUUCCAGUUAUAGUUAAUUUCGUUUCCAGUACAUUUCAAUUGCCUGUUACAGUGUGUUCACUGAUACCCUUGUAUUUUUGCCUCCGAGAGACUGCGGCCCGCUACACAUGUACGUACUGGUUUCACGGAUCCUUUUUUUUGCCGGUCAAAGAGGCUCUUAUCUACAUUGUACAUGUAUCUACAUGUAUACAUGUAUGUACAAAAUGUAAAUGUACUCGUGUAUUAGCAGUCACGUAUUUACAUAUA